AUGUCCAAUAAACUGCCACCACUUGGUUCUACAGCAACUAACGACGAGAAACUACCUAUAGACGAAGUUUCAUCGAUACCAAAAAAUAAAUUGCCCUUACCCAAUUCCAAUGAAGAAUUCGCAACAGGUGUAUCUAAUGGAGAUGUUGAUUGGCUAUUUCGAGGUAAAUCAAAAAAAUUGGGGAAAAAGAUGGCUAAUAACAAUGUCCAUAAGGAUGAACGAAAGCAUAGUCAUGGUAACAUCAAAAACUCGGAAAAUACCAUACCUAAAUCUAAUGAGACUAAGCACGAGUCUAACGGAGUGAAAUCAGAAACCAAAGAAACGAAAGCGGAAAAGUCUACAGAGCGUACAACAACUGAGAACUCAACUGUUAAAGUUCCUAGCAAUGGACAAACCUCAAAUGUAACUCCACGUCAACCAAGUCCCAAACAAACCUCUUCUGGAUCAACAAAUGCAAACGAUAUACCACCAAUUUCUCCGAAACAACCAGAAAAGGCAUCAAAGUUAAAUAAACUUAAAAUUGGUCGGUCAAGAUCCUCUUCCGCAUCAACAGUCAUGCCUUCCACUACUACGGCUUCACCUGCCAGUAACCCCGUGGAUCCUAAAAAUCAACCGAAAAGACGGAGCAGUAGCUUUAAUUUUGUUACACCUUCAUUGACUAGUGAUUUGGCAUAUGACGAUCCUGCGUUGGUAUCUCAAUUAUCAAGUAAUUCAAAUUCCCAGAACCCGUCUUCACCGAACGUUUCUCGAACAAAUAGCAAAAAGGGUGGGUUAUUCAGUUCACUUUCAUCAAAAUUUAGAUCUAGUACUGCUUCAUCUAAACAAUCUCAAUCACAUUCAACGUCCACGCCAUCAACUACUAUGACAAAUGGCGGUGCUGGUAGUAGCUCUUCGGCUGGUACAGGAUCAGUUCCUGCAAAAUCAUCCCAUCUUUCCCCCAAAUUUAAUCCGUCACUUGUGGGUCCAGUGUCGAAACAUAAUCGAGAGGUUGAGGAUUUGGUAUCUCUUACCAAUACUUUGCCUGCUGGAAGCGGAAUACCAAUUAAGCGUAAAUCAUCAAUACCUGGUAAUUCGAUUUUCAAAGAUUCGUUUCUUGAUGAUGCAAGUUCUUCGCCUUCAUCUUCAUUGAACUCCGAUGGAGGGCUUAAGUUUUUUAGAAGACGUUCAUCCGUAGCGUCUACACCAUCUACACAUGCAUCAUCGCCUCGAGUGAUUCUAAACAAAAACCCCAAUAGGAGAAAAGUACCCAUUGAAGAAAUAUCUGAAGUCCGAUUGCGUCGAGUUACCUUUUCUGUUGAUAAACUCGAACAUGAUCCGCAACAACAGAUUCCGUCAAGAAGACCUAAACGAGGCAAUGUUUUAAUUCCUCAGGAUAUCAAUGCUCCACCUCCACGAUUAUGUCUAGGAAUUUCAGUUAAUGAACCAAAUAAUAAAGAUGACGGUAAAUCACACAACCAUUCUAAAUAUAGUGAUCAUGAAAUUGCAUUAGCUGAAGAUUCCCAACGCCGAGCAAUUGUUGAAGCAGAAAAGCAUGCACAAGAAGCCCAUCGACAGGCCAAAAAGAUUGCUCAAGAAGUUGCUGGAUAUAGAUCACAUAGAUUCAUAUCCAUCAAAGAAGGAGGUGGUAAUUCUAACACCAAUAAUGACAAUGAUGAAGAUGAUGACGUUGAAGAAGCUGUUGAUAAGAAAUUGGCAAACGAUGUUUUUGUGGAUGGACCAUUACAUGUCCACGAGCAACAUUUUGAAGAAGAAAUCGAAAGCAAGACGGGUGAAAAGACAAUUUCAUUGGAAACAAUCUAUACGAGAUGCUGUCAUUUACGAGAAAUUUUGCCAAUUCCAGCAACAUUAAAACAAUUGAAAAAUAAAACGGCACCGUUGGAAGUGUUAAAAAUGCUUAACCCUAAACCAACUUUGAUCGAUGUGUUAUCUUUUUCUGAUUUUAUUGCCAUUACACCCAUCAAUACUGUCAUUUUUGAUAAUGUGACUAUGACAACAGAGAUGUUGAAAAACUUUCUUGGAUCAUUGACAUAUAAUAAACAGUUGGAAAAGUUGUCGUUAAGAAACGUUUGCAUUGAUGAGUUGGGAUGGAAAUAUUUGUGUGAAUUUUUGGCAACAAAUAAAACAGUUAAGAAAUUGGAUAUCUCUCAACAAAGAAUCAAACCAGAUACUCCAGACACCAGUAUUCGUGGCAAUAUGAACUGGGAUUUGUUUAUUCGAUCAUUAAUUUUACGUGGUGGGAUAGAAGAAUUGGUAAUCAAUGGUUGUAAACUAUCUGAUGCAAUAUUUGACAAGUUGAUUAACCAGGCGGUUAAAAAAUCCACCUAUCGGUUAGGUAUUGCGGGAAUUGAUUUGAAUGUCAAAAAAUCGGAAAUGGUCACAUCAUGGUUAACUGAUGGCAAUUCCCAAUGUGUUGGUGUUGAUAUAGCAUUUAAUGAUUUGAGCAAGGGACAAUUGCGUCCAUUUAUUAAUGCGUUUAACACUGGAAAAGUUGACAAUUUGGUGUUUUUCUCAUUGAAUUCGACGAAUUUGCUGAAUAUUGAAGAGACUUCUGAAUUGAUAAAGUCGUUGAUUAAUGUUAAAACAUUACGAUUUUUAGAUUUAAGUUCAAUACCGGAUAUUUUCCCGAAAAUAAUUACCCAUUUGGAUAAAUACUUGCCCAGAUAUCCCAAUCUUCGAAGAAUACAUUUUGAUCUUAACGAAUUAACAUCACAAGCCAUGGGGUCUUUGGCUGGGUGUUUACUGAAAAUGCCCCAAUUAGUCCAUGUUUCAUUAUUGGGCAACAGAAACUUGUCAACUACUUCAGCAGCCACCUUGUAUGGAGCAGUCAAACAAUCCAAGACUUUAUUCGCUCUCGAUUUGGAUUAUGAUUUAAUACCUGAUCAAUUAUCGCAACGUAUUGCCUUUUAUUUGAUGAGAAACUUGGAGUACACUUUAAAGCCGUCCCAUACCAACACUAUGGAAAGCAAUCCAGAAAAACCAGAAGAUUUGAUGUAUGAUGGGUCGUUAUUGAUGGAAACAGCUGAAAAAUUAUUAGUGGAAAUAGAAAAAGGUAAAAAAGAGGAUAUCAAAAUGCAAAGAAUUAUAUCUGAUUCGGUAUUGGAAAGAACAAGGGCAAUUCGAAAGGAUAUUCAUAAAAACAUUGAUACGCUAUUUGAACAAAGAAAUUCUGGUAAAUUGUCAUUUGAAGGUAAAGAGAAUUUAGUUCGAUUUUGUUUAUUAGAUUCGUCUUUGGAAAAAUUAGUUACUAUGGUUGAAGAACAUGCCAAUGGACUAUUAUUAACACCAACGGCAUCGACAGACGAUUUAAGAAGCAGGGCCAUGUCACCAUCAGUUACAGUGGAUACAAUUCAUGAAAGUGCCAAUGAGUUGAUUACUGCUGGUCCAAUUUUAUCACCUCAUGUCAAUAGGAAAGCAGAACAAAGCUCGUAUUUCCCCAUACUUACCAACAAUGAUAAUUUGACCCCUCAUCAAGUUGUUGUUGAAUCAAAUGAUGAAGGUAGAGAUGUUCCGAUAGAUAAAUUAACUGGGAGACCAGUUUUGAUUCGAUCAAUUAGUCAAACUUCGAUGCAUGCAAAAGAGCAAGAAAUUGAAGAAGGGGAAUUUCAUAAAUUUGGAUUCUUCAUACAACAAAAAGAGAGCCAGAAACAACAACAGCAACAACACGCGCACCAUCAGCAUCAGCAUCAGCACCAGCACCAUACCCAACAGAUCCAGCUGCAGAACCAACUGCCACUGCCACAACAAGGAAAAUAUGAAGAUUUACCGAUAUUAAAUACAUUGCCUUCAGGACCAGAGUUGAGAGAUGCGAUAAUGGCAGCGAAGGGAGUAGCAACUGUUACUGAAUUGAUUGAUAGAAUUAACAAUCAUCGUGUUAAAAUUGAUGCACCAUCGCAAAAAGACCAUCACGAAUUGAACAAAUCCAAUACUAAUACUGCAGUUGAGGACGAAGUUGAAGUUUCUGAUAAUGCUUCGAUAGAUUCUACCAAUGGUGAAGAUUUACAUCAACUUGGUAGUAAUGGGCAUAAUAGUAGUAAUGUGGUUGAUCCUAUGGUUAGUGAGGUCUAUGACAAGUUGUUGAACGAUGCUGAAAGAGUCAGACUGAAUAGAGAUAUAUAA